AUGGAAAUUCAAAUAAUUAUGUCCGAAAAAGGCAAGGAGUUGGUUCUCUUAAAUAAUUUUAAAUACUGUUUUGUUAGAAAACGUAAAGAUGGGUAUAUUAAAUGGAUCUGUACAAACAAAAAUUGCACUGCAAAUAUUCUAACAACUGCAGAUAAGAAGUCUCUGCAUCAGUCAUCUGGUGAACAUAAACAUUUAGUUAAUAGUCAACAAAAAAUUGAACGACAAAUAUUGAGGGAGAAUUGUAAGAGAAAAGCCGACGAUAAUAUUUCUACCAGGCCAUUAAAAAUUAUACGAAAUGAAUUAAUUAAAAAUAAGCCGACUGACAUAAUAUAUAGUGAUAUACAAUCUGUACGUAAAGCGAUGUACGAUAAGCGACGUAAAAUGUAUCCUGUUUUUCCCAUAUCAUUAAACGAAGCAAUUUCUCAACUAAAACUGGUGGAAAAUAAUUGUUGUUUAUUUAACGGAGAUCAAUUUGUUUUUGUUCCGGAAAAUGACGAAUUUGUUUGUAUAACUACAAAAGAAAAUUUAAAAUUUAUGACAACACAAAAUGAGUUUUUUGAAGAUGGUACAUUUGAUUUCGCACCAAAAUUUUUUUUACAACUUUAUACCAUACAUUCUUACACAAAUGGUUUUUAUGUGCCUAUUGUAUAUUUUUUUCUUGCAAAUAAAACAAAAGAAACUUAUUUGAAUAUGUGGAAAUAUCUUUUGGAACUAUGUCAACGAUUUUUUAAUUCAACUUUCGAUGUUCAAAAACUGCAUUUGGAUUUUGAAUCUGGAGCUCAUGAAGCUGCAAAAGAAAUAUUUCCGAACGUGAUGAUUGUAACAUGCCAUUUUCAUUUAGGCCAAUCUUGGUGGAGAAAGGUUUACCUACAGAGGUAG